ACAGAAGGUUAUCCGAAGAGAAGAAAACGAGUAUUUGGCAUUGGCAUUGCGGGGCAAUAUACGUGCAUUUUUAGAGCGCGGGUUCUUCCAUUUCUGAGUCUGAACUGAACACUUGUGACUAUGCAGCGAGCACUGGUUGCUCCCACUCUUUCAAUCCUCCCUCUCUCUCUUUCACGCCCAAACCCAAUCUUCUUCAAAUUCAAAUCUCAGAGGCACAUUUUCUUCCCCAUUCGCAACUGCGCUUCCUUCAAAGUGAAACCCUCUUCUCAAAUCAGAAAGACUCGCGCCGACUUCGAUGCCGAGCCUAAGCUCAUCGCUCUUCGACACCUCUUCUCCGAACCUGGAGUCAACAUCGACGCUUACGUCAUCCCUUCGCACGACGCUCAUCAGAGCGAGUUCAUUGCUGAAUGUUACUCGAGGAGAGCCUACGUAUCUGGUUUUACUGGCAGUGCUGGAACUGCUGUCGUUACCAAGGACAAAGCUGCUCUCUGGACAGAUGGCAGAUAUUUUCUGCAGGCGGAGAAGCAACUGAACUCCAAUUGGAUUCUCAUGCGAGCUGGAAAUCCAGGAGUCCCUACUACUAGCGAGUGGCUCAACCAUGUCUUGCCUCCGGGUGCUAGAGUUGGCAUUGAUCCCUUUCUUUUUACAUCGGAUGCUGCAGAGGAACUUAAGGGGGUCAUCUCUAAGAAUAACCAUGAGCUCGUUUACUUGUACAAUACUAAUCUUGUGGAUGAAAUAUGGAAAGAAUCUAGGCCAAAGUCUCCAAAUAAGCCGGUUAGAGUGCAUAGCUUAAAGUAUGCUGGUUUGGAUGUACCAUCUAAAUUGUCAUCUUUGAGGUCAGAACUUGUUGAUGCUGGUUCGUCUGCAAUUGUAAUUUCUAUGCUUGAUGAGAUUGCAUGGUUGUUGAACUUGAGAGGCAGUGAUAUUCCUCAUUCACCUGUUGCGUAUGCAUACUUGAUUGUGGAGAUUAAUGGAGCAAAGUUGUUUAUUGACGAUUCCAAAAUUACUGAAGAGGUCAGUGAACUGUUGAAGAGAGCAAACAUAGAGAUCAGGCCAUACAAUUCAAUUAUAUCUGAAGUUGAAAGUUUGGCAGCACGAGGUGCUUCCCUUUGGUUGGAUACUUCAUCUGUUAAUGCUGCUAUUGUAAAUGCCUAUGAGGCUGCUUGCAACAGAUAUUAUCAGAAUCAGGAGAGUAGGCACAAAACUAGGAAAAAAGGUUCUGAUGGUUCCAUUGAUCACUCAGAUAUACCCUUUGCUGUUCAUAAAGUCUCUCCUGUUUCUCUGGCAAAGGCCAUAAAAAAUGAAGCAGAGUUAGAAGGAAUGCAAAAUUGUCACUUAAGGGAUGCUGCUGCCCUUGCUCAGUUCUGGGAUUGGCUAGAGACAGAAAUUACUAAGGAUAGGAUAUUAACAGAAGUAGAAGUUUCAGACAAACUUCUUGAGUUUCGCUCAAAACAAGCUGGUUUCCUGGAUAAUAGCUUUGAAACAAUAAGUGCUUCUGGUCCAAAUGGUGCCAUCAUACACUACAAACCAGAACCAGAGAGUUGUAGUAUUGUGCAUGCCAAUAAAUUAUUCUUAUUGGAUAGUGGUGCUCAAUAUGUUGAUGGCACAACUGACAUAACACGGACAGUUCAUUUUAGUGUGCCUACAGCAAGAGAGAAAGAAUGUUUUACCCGCGUUUUGCAGGGCCAUAUAGCUCUUGAUCAGUCGAUUUUCCCAGAAAAUACCCCUGGUUUUGUGCUGGAUGCGUUUGCCCGUUCCUUUCUUUGGAAAGUUGGACUUGACUACAGGCAUGGGACUGGGCAUGGUGUAGGAGCUGCAUUAAAUGUCCAUGAAGGCCCUCAAAGUAUUAGUCACCGUUAUGGAAAUUUGACCUCUCUAGUAAAUGGCAUGGUGGUUAGCAAUGAGCCUGGCUAUUAUGAAGACCACGCCUUUGGUAUUCGGAUUGAGAAUCUCCUGUAUGUGAGAAAUGUUGAGACACCAAAUCGUUUUGGAGGAAUCGAAUACCUAGGAUUUGAAAAACUUACAUAUGUACCAAUUCAGAUUAAAUUGGUUGAUUUGUCUCUGUUUUCGGCCGCAGAAAUUGUUUGGCUUAACAACUACCACUCGUUAGUCUGGGAAAAGGUUUCACCAUUGCUGGAUGGCUCAGCUCGCCAAUGGCUUUGGAACAACACUCGACCUAUCAUCCAUGAGAGAAUUUAAUGAUUUUCAUGUUGAUUGCUACGGUACUUGAGGUUCUCGUGGCGUGUUGCCUCCUCGCCUGUUUGUCUAUAUACAGUAGCUUACAAAAUCCAUAUAGGUAAGGCUGUGAAUAAAUUUGUCAAUAAGAACUACAUGAAUUUGAUCAUACAUAUGAUGUUAAAGUUUUUUACACAUAAUCAACCAAUUGAUUAUAGAUCAUCAUAUUUUUAAAAGUUAUUGAAUUUUAUCGUAGUUAUUUUAAAAUUAGAUGAUAGUGUAUUAAAAUUAAACUCAUUUUAGUAAUUAUAAAAAUGUAAUGAUAUAAAG